AUGGUCCCACAAAAGCACUGCCCCCAUUCCUCCCCCGACCCCUCCCCACCAAGUUCUACAGCUCGGGAAGCCCGGCCCCGGGGCUUAAUUUCUCCCUACCGGAGGCCAGGUAUGGGCUGGCCUCGGCUCCGGUUUCCCAGGAUGUUCAAGUGUAGCCACAGAAGGUACCGGCAGAAAUCCCAAGGCCCAGCUGCCACCACUGCAGCCACCAAUCUUGCCACCAUGGCCACGGAUAUCAACAACACCCACACUGCCACCACCAGGGUGUGGAUCCUUCCACCGCAAGUACUCAGACACCUUUGUCAACCUCGCAGCUUUCUGAUCCUCUAG